ACCAGUCUUCUCUUCCUGUUAUGAGCAUAAAAGAAAAUAGCAUAUUAGGUCAUCAAUUUAUCAGAUGAUUAAGAACUUAUUAUCUUUACUUUGUCCUGUUCAAUCUCUUUCUUAUGCAGGCUGAUUGGUGGUGGGUGCCAAAGAAAUUAUCUGUGCCAAACGAGAAGUUAACAUGAUUGAGGAAUGAAGGGAGAUCUCUUGGAAGCCAGCAAAAAGAAGUGUGGCUCAUGCAAUCACUUUCCGCCACCACCAACUUAACCUCUGUCACUAGUUCGCAUCAGUUAUAACUCAAGUCGCCACCAGAAGAACCGAAGGGCAACAGGUGGGGGAGUGGGGUUGGUCGAGGUGGCUUGCUCCUCAUCGUGCCACGGCUGCUGCUGGCGUCUUAGUCGUCCACCGAGUUGUGGCAGUGCUUUCACGUACUGCUACAGUAUCACGCACUCACCUCCAUAUAAACUAAGAAUCCCACCAUCUCUACUGUAUAGACUGCGGUCAUCUCCAUUCCUAUUUCCUCCCUCCUCCUCCUCCUCCUCCUCCUUCCAACUCCUUUGCAGGCGAAUCAGGACAAACCCUAAAACCAUUCCUCUGUUCCUUCUCUUGUUAUCUGAUACCACCACCUCAACCGCAGGCCAAUCUGCAGAAGAUGAGAACAGGGAGUUGCAGCGUGCAACAAGGCUUGACGCCGGAGGCUGCAAGCGUGGUGAGGCAAGCCGUAUUCCUAGCCCGGCGGCGAGGCCAUACGCAGGUGACACCCCUCCAUGUGGCCAAUACCAUGCUGUCUUCCCCCACAGGUCUCCUCCGUGCCGCCUGUCUCCGCUCUCACUCUCACCCCCUCCGCUGCAAGGCCCUGGAACUGUGCUUCAACGUCGCCCUCAACCGCCUCCCGGCGUCGGCGCCCUACCACGCCCGCCACCAUCUCCCCUCCCUCUCCAACGCCCUCGUGGCGGCCUUCAAGAGGGCACAGGCCAACCACCGGCGCGGAUGCGUCGAGGCCCAGCAGCCGGCGUUGCUCGCCGUCAAGAUUGAGCUGGAACAGCUCGUCGUCUCCAUCCUCGAUGAUCCGAGCGUGAGCAGGGUCAUGAGGGAGGCUGGCUUCUGCAGCACUCAAGUGAAGAGCAAUGUGGAGCAGUCAAUCUGCACGGAGACCUGUGUUGCCACACCUCCCCAAGCAAGCACAACCAAGCCUGCAGCACCCGCGGUGAAGGACGACGACAUAGCGAGCGUCGUGGAAGCAUUAGUUAGCAUGGGCAGGAGGAGUCUUGUGGUGGUGGGAGAGUGCUCGGAUACCAUUGAUGCUGUCGUGAGAGGGGUGAUAGAUAGGGUUGAUAGGGGAGAGGUGCCCGUGGCUCUAAGGAAUUCAGAGUUCAUCACGCUCCCACUCUUCUCUUUUAGGCACAUGUCAAGGGAGGAGGUGGAUCAGAAGGUUGCGGAGCUGAGAUGCCUCUUGAGGAGAUGUUGUGUGGGAAGAGUGGUUGUCUUGUACCUGGGGAACCUCACAUGGAUCUCUCAGUAUAGGGUUAGCUCCGGGGAGAAGGGAAGAGGUCCUUUUUGCCCAGUGGAGCACGUCGUGAUGGAGAUCAGCAGCUUGGUCUGUGAGGGAGUUGAGGUAGAGAGCAGUAGCAGGAGAUUAUGGCUCAUGGGAACUGCAACAUAUCAGACCUACAUGAGAUGUAAGAUCGGACAGCCUUCACUGGAGACUCUUUGGGGUCUUCAGCCUCUCACCAUUCCAUCUGACAGCUUGGGAUUAAGCCUCAAAUGUGAGAGCCAUCGUGCAGUAGCUCCAACUCUACCUUCAUGGCUCCAACAGUACAAGGAAGAGAACAGGAGAUGUAGCGAUGAUCAGAGCUGCUGUAUACUGGAAGAUCCCUGCAGGGGGUGGAACUCCGUGUGUAGCUCAGCUCUCAAAAGCCAGCACAGACCAUCUGAUCUAACCUUUAAUUUCUCUUCGGCUUCUCCGUGUGAUUCUUCUUCUUCUUCCAUCUCUUCCUAUGAUCAACGCCCUCCGAGCUUGCAUCAGAACCAGCAGCAUUGGCUACUACAGCUUGAGGUCACAGACCCAUGCAAAGGUUACCAGCUUCGGUCGUCGGAAUCCACCGAGCAAGAAGGCUUUGAACAUGACUCAAGAAGCAGCAUACCCUAUGUUAACCUCGACUCUAACCCUAACUCUUCUGCUUCAAGCAGCACCAUGGAAAUGGAGUAUAUUCCGAAGUUCAAGGAGCUCAAUGCCGAGAAUCUAAAGAUCCUUUGCAGUGCGUUGGAGAAGAAGGUCCCAUGGCAGCAGGAGAUCAUCCCUGAGAUCGCUAGCUCCAUCCUGCAAUGCAGAGCAGGAAUGACGAAGAGGAAAGAGAAGUCGAGGUCUAAUUACGAGAACAAGGAAGAGACAUGGCUGUUCUUCCGAGGCGAUGAUAGUGAAGCCAAGAAGAGGGUAGCUAAGGAGCUUGCAAGCCUCAUUUUCUGCUCUAAGACUAACUUCGUUUCGAUUGGUCUCAGCAGCAUUUCAUCACCUCGUUCAAACUCCAAAAAAAGGUUGAGAGAGGGUGCAAGCCAUGGCCAUCUUGAGAGACUGUACGAAGCAAUCAACGAGAACCCGCACCGUGUUAUCUUCAUCGAAGACACCGAGCAAGCGGAUUACCGCACUCAAGCUGGUAUGAAGACCGCGAUAGAAAGAGGAAGAGUGUGCGGUUACGGCGGUGAGGAAGUCGGUGUAAGUGAUGCAAUCAUCAUCCUCAGUUGCAAAAGCUUCAAUCCUCCAGCGAAGUACAAGGCCUCAAAGAGUGAUGAUGAGAAGGAAGCGAAACUGCUUCUUCCUUUGGAUUUGAAUCAUUGUGCUUCUGAUGAUGAUGGUGGCGUGGAUGAUGUUGGGCUUCCGGAGAUGGUGGAUCGGACAUUCUGCUUUGAGUUGCCGGAGGACCUGUAAUGCAGCGUAUGCUGUAUCCUCCAAAGCUUCCGGAGGAUCUCGUUAGUUUAGGCGAAGUUUGAAGAAAACACUUGUAGAUUGAACUGGUUUAUGGGUUGGGAUAUGGAGUUAUUGCAUGUUAUAGCUUUCUUAUAAUUUUCCUUAAAACAUGAUGAAAUUGCUGUACCUCUUUUCAUCUCUCAAA